AUGGAUCAGGCCCUGGACGAGAUUAUUGCACAGCCUUCGCGACGAGACGACCGACCUCCUCGACCAGAGCGAAGUCGACGGUCGGAUCGAGGCGAUCGACGAGGCCGUGACUACGACGACAGACGAUCCGCACGGGGUCGAGGCGACCGGGAACGGGGCCGGUUUGUCGACAAGAGAUAUCGAGACGCGCUGCCAAACACAGUGCUGCUCAUCAGAAACCUGCACUACGAACUGACGGAAAACGACCUCUACGAUCUGUUCAACAAGGUGGGCCGAGUCGACGACGUGGAGAUCCACUACGACCGGUCAGGCCGGUCGCUCGGAGACGCCAAUGUGGUGUUUUCUCGACCAGAAGACGCUCAGGAUGCCAUCGACAAGUUUGACGGCAAGCGUGCAGCAGGACUCAAGAUCGAGGUCAAGAUUGACCACCGGCGAGACCCCGCUCUCGAUCUCUCCGAGCGAUUCGGACCCCGGGACAGAUCUCUUUCCCCGGGACGAGAUCGACCCUACGGCGGCUACAGAGAGGACCGACCUCCACGACGAGGACGAGGUGGACGAGGUGGACGAGGCCGACGCGAGGGAGGAUCAUCAACUGGCCGAAUCCCCAAGGAGAAAAAGACUGUCGAGGAACUGGAUGCCGAGCUCGACAGUUAUAUGCAGGAUUAG